AUGAGUUCAUUCAAUUAUGAUUCUACAGGCUCGUCACGUUUGUCCAAGAAUGCAGUUCCAGAAAUAUCAAUUAAUGGUGGUGAUAUUGAUAUAGAUAAUGAUGAUAAUCCAUUGGAGUUUACAUCAUUCAAACAAUCAAAAGAUAAGACCAAAUUAUAUCCCUACACAUCACUCAAAAGGAAAAGCACCGUCAUAAUAGCGUCUACGGGUCAGAAAGUUAGACGAUCUCUAUCAUCCAUUUCGAAUGGUUUAUCUAUCGUUUCAUCCCAUGGUUCAGAGAAUGAUCCUUUACUAAACAAUCCAAAUUCAUAUAGUAUAUCAACUUUGUGGAAUCAAUAUAUUCUACAUCCAUUACAUUAUAUAUAUUAUGAUCAAGUAUCUCGAAGUGUGUUGAAAUGUUCAAUUGCGUAUUUGAUUGCAUCAAUGGGUGUUUAUUGGACACCAUUUGACGAAUUUUUAGGAUCAACUGAUUCUAAGCAUGUGGUUGCAACUGUUGCUGUCUAUUUUCAUCCUACAAGAUCAAAGGGAUCAAUGACUCAAACAUUGAUUUAUGUUGUUAUAUCUUUGCUUUUUAGUUUCUCAGUUUCGUUUGGUUGUCGAUUAAUCUCCGCUAUAUUCUAUAAUCUGGGAGAAGAUGAAAUCAGUCAUGCCAUAGAUUUGAUAAUUAGUUCAAUUGCAUUAGGUACUAUUGCAUACAUGAAACAAAAGUUAAAUAAACAAACAUUUAAUACUGCAUGCUCAUUAGCAUCAAUCUCAAUCGUGACAUGUAUUGUGAAAGAAGGAAGUUUAAAUUCUUCCACCAUACCGAUUCAAAGAUUACAAGCCACCUUUCAAGUUGUGGUUGUUGGUUGUAUAAUUUCGGUUGCUAUUUGUUACCUACUUUGGCCAAAAAGUGCAAUAAGGGGAUUACGAAGUUCUUUAAAUGAUUCUUAUAAUAUCAUGUCUUCGGCCUUAUCUAUUUUGGGUAAAAGAUUCUUGACUGAUGAAAAAUUUACUGCAAAAGAUGUUGAAGUUUUUAAAAAGUUGAAAGAUAAUGUAAAGGCAUUGUUGGAAAACUUGGAAGAUGCGAAGUAUGAGCUAAGAGUAUAUGGAAGAGAGAAGGAAUGGAUCUUGUUUAAUGAUUUGGUCGAGUCUACGAUCGAAUUGUCCAAGCAUAUUCAAGCUUUGCGAAGUUCAGUAGAAAUGCAACAAACUCUAUUGCACAAUUCUCAAACAAAUGUCAAUUCAGAAGCUACUUCUGUCAAUAGUUUGGAUAGUUAUAGCAGUGAAAGAGGCUUGAGAUUGUCUCAUUCAGUCGAAAAUAUGACUUUAUUGAAUCAUAAUGAUGCACAUAGUGAACUUGAUGCUGAAACAAGUGAUCAACUAUUUCAAUUAUUUGUGUAUUAUUUAUCCCCUUCCAUCAAAUCGUUCAUUUUCACUUUGAAGGAUAUUUUAAGUCAAGUACCGUUCGAAAAAUACAAGGACGAUCAAUCUAAUAAAUUUGCAGAUACAACAACAUUAAAUGUCUCGCUUAAUGAAGCUAUCAAAUUAUUUGAAACCAAACAAUCAGAAUCGUUUGAAAGAUUGUAUUCGCAAGACAUUUUUAAAUCCUCAUCUGAUGAUUUUUUGUUUAUAACAGAACAAGAAGAAAUAACAGCUUGUUGUGGUAAUUUUGCAUCUAUUUUGGGAUUAUAUGCCAAUGAAUUGAAAGAGUUUCUAGAACUUACAGAAACUUAUGAAGAAGCUAGAUCAUCUCCUUUAUCUUGGCCAUGGUUAAAAAUAUGGGAUAAAAAGUCUCCUGAAGCCUAUAAAAAGCAUACUUUACCUCACCAAGGUAAUACUUUGUUAGCAGCAAUUGCAGAUUUACAGAGUCAUUAUGGUCCUCGAAUUGAAGAAAUGACAAGAAGUGGUGCUGAAGUAUAUGGCUAUAAAGCUUGGAAGACGUUAAAAAUAUUCAGAAGAACCGAUUUCCAGUUUGGUCUAAGAGUUGGUCUUGGGGCAUUUUGUCUAUCUUUUUUUGCAUACUUCCCUGCAACAAAGGAAGUUUUCAAUAAUUGGAGAGGGGAAUGGGCAUUGGCUAUUUAUUGUAUUAUGAUGAAUAAAUCAUUGGGAGGCACAACUAUGACUGUCAAAUGGAGAAUACUUGGUACUUUUCUAGGGUCAUUUUCUGCUUAUUUAAUUUGGAAUUUAACUGAUGGUAACGUAUAUGCUUUGGCAGCGACAGGGUUUUUAAUUUCAAUUCCUUCAUUUUAUAUUAUUUUAUUUUGGAAAAGGAAUAAUCCUUUUGGUCGAUUUAUUCUUUUGACGUAUAAUUUGACAGCUUUGUAUUCUUAUAGUAUGAUUCAAAAAGAAACUGAAGAUGGUAAUGAAGGUGGUGAUAAUCCUAUAAUAGGUGAGAUUGCCUUCCAUAGAUUCAUAGCUGUAUCAAUAGGUAUAACUUGGGCCUUGGUGAUGGCAUCAUGUUUCUUACCAAAUAGUGCAAGAUCUAGGCUAAAGAAAGGACUUGUAAUUUUAUGGUUAAGAUUAGGAUUGAUUUGGAAUAGUGAUCCACUAGAUUAUGAUCCGUUAACUUUAAAAUUAAUGGGUCUUAAAGAUGAGCCGGGUAUUAAUAGUUUGUUGGCAGAAUGUGAAGUCCUUUUGAAGCAAGCUCCAAUAGAAUUCAGACUAAAAGGAAGUUUCCCGGUGAAUACCUUUUCUGAUAUUUUACAGAGCACAUCGACUAUCAUCGAUGCAUAUCAAAAUAUGAAUUUGAUGAUAAAAGUAGAGCCAGUUUUGUCCUUAAAUGAAGAAUCUCUUCUUAAAUACGUCCAAGAAGAACGUUAUGAAGUAGAACAAAGAAUCUUUCUCAUAUUUUACAUGUUAGCCAGUUCAUUAAAACUUGGAUUCCCGUUACCAGCAAAGCCAGCUUCCAUUGAACAUGCUAAAGAUCGAAUGUUAUACAAAUUAAGUGAAGUUAGAAGAAAAAUAAGUGACGAGCCCGAGUUAUCACUUACAAAUAAUGACUUUAUUUUGAUGUAUUCAUAUAUCUUGGUGGCGUCAUCGAUCACUGAACAGUUAGAUAAUAUUAUAAGUCAUCUAGUACAUUUACAUCUUGCAGAUGGUGGUAUAUCUGAGGAUAUGUUUCAACUUGUAUAG